AUGAAUCAAAUAUCAUUCGUUCUUCAAUCAAACAUGAAAGAGUCACUUAAAAUGAUUAAAUUAUUUAAAGAAGAAGGUAAAACAAUAACAGCAUGGGAUGUACUACUAAAUCAAUUAUCCUCAUUAACCGUUAAGGGUGUUUGCUUUAAAUCUGAUUCUCCAGAUGUUUUCUCAACGUUUCAGGGUUAUAAAUACAACGUUCUCGAAAAACCAGAUUACUCAAAAAUUGAGAUGUUUAUGGAUUUCAUUAAAGAAGCCAUUUGUGAUAAUAACGAUGAAGUGUAUAAAUACCUUCUCGGCUGGAUUGCAUCAAUGAUUCAACAUCCUGGAAUCAAGAAUGAAACAGCAAUUAUUUUGAAAGGACUUCAGGGAACAGGUAAAAACAGAUUUACAGACAUUAUUUCUGAACUUCUCGCCGGUUAUUCAUGUAAAAACAUUACCGAAAUAAGUGAGCUAGCGGGUAAUUUCAAUUCAGUAGUUGAGAAUAAAAUGUUUCUUGUACUUAAUGAACUCAAGAAUGUAGGUGAAGACAGACUUGCAAACUUCAACGCUUUGAAAUCAAUUAUUACGGAUAAUGAGAUUAGAAUUAAUGAAAAGAAUCAACCCAGAAGAACUGCUCAGAAUGUUGCCAAUUUCAUUUUGGUAACUAAUAACGUCUACCCUGUCAAAAUUGAAGUUGGAGACAGAAGAUACGUAGUUUUAAGAGUUAAUGGUAAAUUCAAGGGUCAAUUUGAUUACUUCAAGAAUUUGAUGAAUUCAUGCACAAAGGAAUUUUAUGAUAACCUUUUAACAUAUUUCCUCACUUACGACCUUUCAUCAUUUAACGUACGAAUUAUACCGAUGACUGAAGCCAAACAAGAUUUAAUAGAAUUAUCAACAAAUCCUUUAGAUGUAUGGAUAAAUACACAUUAUGAUGAACUGUGUGCAGGUAUGACGUGUAAAAAUGCUCUAUUCUGCAAACCAUCAGACAUGAAAGACAAAAACUUUCAAAUGAGCAUUAAGGAUAAAUGUGAUAGGAAACAGAGAAGAAUAGAUGGUAAACAGAC